AUGGCGGAUGAGGAAAGGUGCAGCAAAAGAGAUGAGUACACAAAGGAUGGAACAGUGGAUCUGAAGGGCCGAGCAUGUCGUCGAGCAAAAGGAGGCAGAUGGGCUGCAUGUUCCUUCGUUCUCGUUUCUGAAGCUUUAGAGAGAUUAGCUUAUUAUGGCAUCGCAUCAAAUCUGAUUCUCUACCUUACAGAUGUGCUCCAUCAGGGCACUGUAACAUCUUCAAAUAAUGUUACGAACUGGAUGGGAACUGUAAUGAUGACACCUAUUUUAGCUGCAUUCAUUGCAGACGCUUAUCUUGGCCGAUACUGGACUUGCAUAAUCUCCUUUGUCAUCUACUUCCUGGGCAUGAGCCUUCUGAUCCUGACAGCCUCGCUCCCCGCUCUCCGACCACCGCCCUGUCAUUCAUCCAAAGAUGAAGGCUGCAAAAAUCUGACGCAGCGGUUUCAGAUAACCCUCUUCUAUUCCGCGCUCUAUACAAUUGCUUUUGGGGUGGCAGGAUCGAAGGCCAACUGCGUGGCCUUAGGCGCAGAACAAUUUGAUAAUUUUGAACCCAAGGAACGAGCCCAAAAGAUGUCAUUUUUUAACUGGAGGGCCUUCGCCAUCUCCCUUGGGAACCUCUUCGCCACCAUCGUGCUCAUCUAUAUCGAGAGUAAUGUGAGCUGGUUACUUGGAUAUGCCAUAGCAGGAGCAGCUUUGGCAAUUUCGAUACUGGUCUUCAUUCUUGGCACUCCUCUGUACAGGCACAAGGUUCCUUCUGGUAGCCCCUUCACCAGAAUAGCACAAGUCUUGGUGGCAGCAACAAGAAAAUGGCGGGUACCCCUUCCCGAUCAAGAUUCCAUUAAUGAUCUCCAUGAACUGGACUCAGAGCUGCAUUUGAAGCAAAAUAAGAGCAGAAAUAAUCAGACAAUAUUUUCAUCAAUUCUAAAAUUUUUUGACAAAGCCGCUGUAAAAACUAACAGCAGCAGCAGCAGCAGCUCCUCAGAUAGUCCGUGGAUGUUUUGUCCCUUUUCUCAGGUGGAGGAAACGAAGCAAAUCAUCAGGUUAUUCCCAAUGUUUAUCAUUACGAUUAUGCCGAGUGUGAUGGUGGCUCAGGUGCUCACUCUAUUCAUCAAACAAGGAACCACCUUGGAUCAAAACCUGACCGGGCUUCACUUCAAAUUACCUCCAGCCAAUCUCUCUGCAGUCUUCGUCCUCUCCAUCUUAGUAGGCGCGGCAGCCUACGAUCGAUUCUUCGUGCCAGUGGCCAGAAAGCAUACCAACAAUCCUCGCGGUCUCACGUUCUUACAAAGGAUUGGAAUUGGCUUAGCCAUGCAUAUCAUUAUCAUGCUGGGCACAUCAUUAGUAGAGAGAUGGAGGUUGGGCAGAGCGAGAUCUCUUCAGCCUCCUCCAAAUAUUUUGAUCCUCCUUCCUCAGUUUGCAUUGAUGGGGAUAGCAGAAGUGUUUGUGGCGGUUGGUAAGAUGGAAUUCUUUUAUGAUCAAGCACCAGAAAGCAUGAAGAGUUUGGGCGCUUCAUUCUUCACUUCAAGCUUUGGCAUUGGGAACUUCAUCAGUACUUUCCUUCUUACAACGGUAACGAAGAUCACGGCAAGGGAUGGAGGAAAAGGAUGGGUUCAGGAUAAUUUGAAUUCAUCUCAUCUGGAUUACUACUACGCAUUUCUUGCUGGUUUGAAUGCCAUAAAUCUAAUGCUUUUCUUAAUUGUUUCAAAAAAUUAUGAUUAUAGAAGCGAUGAUGCAAAUUCUGCACUUGAUCAGGAUAAACAAGGCAGCUAA